AUGGCGAGACCACUUCAGACACAACGGUCCCAGACAGAAGCCAGGGCGUCGCGACGGAAAGACAAGACGCCGUCGGUUGGUACGCUCGGCCUAGCGUACUUAUCAACCUUCUCGCUCCAGGAUAUCGCCGGUUCCCAAGCUGGGAGUAGGUUUCUUGUUAGGGUGAACUGGUUCGGCCGUCCUGAGGGUGUAAAAGACGUGUCCGGCACAAGGAUGGUAUCGCAAGUGAUUAAGAAGAAUGAGCAACACAGCUUAAGCCCACCCCGUCUAGGUUGGAAAGUGCCCACCCUAGGCAGAGAUCUGGACGUGGUUCCCUUGUCCUCAAAGCCCGCCACCGCGACCUUUAUGAUUAUAGACGACCAGGUCCUUUUUAGUGCCGAUGAGCUGAAUGGCAGUGAGCAAGGUCUCAAUGUUUCUGAAAGCAAGGGAAUGCAGGGGGGCAGGGGUGCCGGACACAGUACAACACAUAGUCACAGUUUGUGCUGGGAGAACGAAAAAAAAAUAACCCAUGCAUCGGAGGCGUUCAUAGGGAUGCGGUUCUCCAGCGUUUGA